AUGUCCGACUUGCUGAACGUUCGCCCAAUGUUCGACCUACAAGGUCGCAACUAUAUCGUCACCGGGGGCGCACAGGGCAUCGGAUUUGCUGUGACUCGAGCUAUAUGUGAGAUGGGUGGAAAUGUUGCGGUCCUUGAUAUUCAAGAAUCGCCCGUUCCAGAGUUUCAAUCUCUUGGUAAAUUAUUUGGAACCCAACCUAUUUAUGUCAGAACCGAUGUGCGGGACGAAUUGAGCAUUAAUGAAGCUUUCAAUAAGGUUAUUGCGAUCUUCGAAAGAAUUGAUGGGUUGGUACCAGCCGCAGGCAUUGCGAUUGACAAGCCUUUCAUUGACCAAACUUGGGCUGAGUUCACCAAAAUCUAUGAGGUCAACGUUCGAGGAACGUUCUUCCUAUGUCAGCUAGUCGCAAAGCAGCUUUUAAAGCAAGGCCAAGGGGGCAGCAUGGUCCUGAUCGCAUCUCAAUCCGCUCACAUCGCUCUACCUGGGUAUAGAAUGGCAGCGUACAACGCAUCAAAAGGCGCCAUCCUGAUGCUCUCUAAAGCCCUUGCUGUGGAGCUAGGACCUCAUAAUAUUCGUGUCAACACCAUUUCCCCCGGCUUCGUGGACUCCGAUAUGACUCGCACGGUUCGUGAGCAGAAGAGGAAAGCGGAGGGCGAACAGAUGUGGCUUGCACCCCCGAUGCGUCGUUUAAGCACGCAAAACGAUUUGACUGGAGCUGUGAUUUAUCUUCUAAGCGACACGGCGAAAUUUACUACUGCAGCGGACAUUCCUAUUACUGGGGGCUUGCACGCGGGGACGAUCGAUGGGUUGAUUACUUAUGAAGAGAAGGAGUAA